GUUCUCUGACGUAUAUUUCGGGCGCUGUUUCGCAUGUUGAUUUUUGGUUUCCGACUGUUUUAAGCUUUAGCUAUUAAAAGCUUUAUCGAUUGGUAUAAAGUUUAGUUUUGUAUUAUGAAAUGACUGCGGCUUUGUUUUCAGCCAUAAAUAUUGUCACUAAACCUGCUGAAUCUGUUGGUAAUGCCCUGACAUCCCGGGAGGAGGUGCUGCUCUCUGCUCUCCAGGUCAACAGGAGGUGUCUUCUGCAACACUUGGACUCUGAUCCAGGUUUUGCUGAGGUUCAGAGGCUCAGAGACCAGGUUAUCGCUGAGGCUGAUUGGUUUUCCAGUGCUGUAGAUAAUGACCCCAUUUGGGCCUAUGUUCAGGAGUGUCUUCUUUUGCUGCUUGCCCUCACACGGCAUCUCUCACUGGAGUUGGAUUUGUUCAAACAAACCCCUCAACCAGUCAACAUAGUGCGCACCCCUGAGUCUGCACCACCAUUACCCCCUGAUGUCCUUAGCGUGACCCAGCAGAAGACACUCACCACUGCUCUUCAGUUUGUCGUCUCCUUGGGUGUCUGUCCGUACCUGGCCCCAGGAGUGGGGGUUCCUCUGGUCCAUCGGUCUGCAUUUGGAGCAGUGGUGGAAAAACUGAUCCAGAAUGGGACAAAUAAAAUACUUGGAGAUCAGCACCUUCUGACCAUCACAAAUGUCUUGUUGAAGAUGACAGUGCUGUCUUCUCUGGCUACACUUGUCUUCACUCAACACCUGGGAGAUUUACUGGCUGCACUGUGUCAACUCGGAUACCAGCCUCCCAAAAAAGAAUGGGAGACAUUUGAAGAAGGCAAGGAGCUGAGUGCUGACAAGCGAAAGAUGUGUCGUGACAAUCUCAAAAGCCUUCUUGGAAAAGUCUAUCAGCCAAUUGUCAUUAAAGAGUUGCUAAUACUUCAAGGUCCCAAGUCUGUUCCUGUGGGGAGCUCCGGUGGCAGGGAGGCUCAGGGGCGCACUCCAGCCUGGCUCAGGCGUCUUUGUGGUCAGUUGCUGUCAGAGCGCCUAAUGCAGCCUCAUGGAGUCCAGGCUGUAGUGAGGGCCAUUCUGGAGGGAACAGGGGCAGAGUCUGACUGGAGGAAGUGUGAUAGUGUGGCCAAAAUCCUGGUGACAUGUCCUCAACAGUCUACAUCAACAGAUAGCUACUACAAACAAGUGUGCCCUCAGAUUCUGGACAUGCUACAUUUCAAAGACAAGCUGACAGCUCAACAGUUUCAGCGAGUAGCAACUACAGCACUGCUUGCUCUGAUGCAGGAGAAGAGCCCCUUUGCUCAACAGUACCUAUUAGCUCCUAUGCUUGCACCUCUGCAUCGAUGUAUCACUCCAUCAAACCCAGACCUGUCUCAAGAUGCUGUGGAGGAGUGGGAGAUAACACAAUGUGUAGAUGAUUUGUUCAAAAUCUGUGUGGUGGGGAACCAUACUUUAGCUCCUCUCCUCACAGCUUUACAAGAAGUGCUGCCUGUUAUCUUUACUCUUUUCUGUUUUACUAAGCAAAAUGUGUCACAUCUACGUGGUCCCUGUCAAGAGGUUAUACUGUGGUACCUGAGCCAGUCUGAAAAGCCUGCAUCUCUGUCUGCCCUGAGGCAAAUGUCAGGUCUGAAACAACCAGAAUACCAAGUGGCACCAGGAUUUCAGUUUUGUCCAGGCACUGAUGGAGGAGUGAGACUCAGAUCAAGGAACAACUGCAGCGAUGAAGACGAUGUUCUGUAUGAGAAGUUGUCCGAGGAGCAGUGGAGACUGGAGUGUCUAAAUGAAGUUCUGGCACAGCUCAAAGACAAUGACCUGCCUGGAGACUUCUUCUUGGACCUGCUGCAGGACCUCACGUGUUGGGCUGCUGAAGCUGAUGAAGAGCCGCACCAGGACCUGUCAGAGAUGACUUUAUUGGAGGUGGAGCAGAGAGUGCUGUCCCGUACUGAGCGGCAGGCCCAGAAGGUGGCUCUGCUGCAAGUUCUGGCUGUAAUGGUUGAGUGUCUGCCCCAUAAUUUAUUGUUGAGGAAACCCACACAGGUGGUGGAGUUCAUACUGUCUUUGCUCCAGAGAGCCUGUGUAGGCCUCAUUGAUGAGCCCAGCUCCAGAUGUUAUAAUCCAGUGGAGAGUCAGACACUGACCAUGGGAAUGGGUCUGGUGGCGACUCUCCUCUCUGUUCCUCAGGUGAGCUCAGAGGACUAUCAUUCCAUGUCCCGUCUGCUGUCACCACUGGACACGCUGUCUCAGCUUCAUUCAGAGGUCUUCAUUCAAGAGUUAGCCUCAAACCUCAAAGCUGUGAUUGCCACACAUGGCGCCUAUAAGCCAGAUGACCUCUCCACGUUCACUGCUCACUCAUCCCUAAACUCCGAUACAGUGCAAACAAAGCAGACUCUAAAGACCACCAAUAAGACUAAAACCACUUCCACUACAAAUGGUUCAUCGAGUCAUCCUAAGGUUCCCCUUAAGCAGCCAGCUACAUCUGAGAACACCAAUGAAAGUAUUAACUUUCCAGGGAAGCCUCUUUCUGAUUGGAUCUUGGAGGCUUGCGAUCCAGAUGUACCAACAAAAGCAUUUGCACUGAGAGGGCUUACCCAACUGGUGCAAAGGAAGGAUCCUGAGAUGGUUCAGGCCCAAGAUAAAAUCCUUGUGCUCUUUUUAGAAAAUUUGAAGCAUGAAGACUCAUUUGUUUACCUCUCAGCCAUUCAAGGUUUGGCUGCUUUGGCUGACUUAUUUCCUCAGAGGAUCCUGGAGCAGCUGCUACAGGACUUCCAAGGAUGGCCCUCUCUGCCCACAUCGAACAAGCACCUCUCCUUAGAAACACGGCUCAAAAUUGGAGAGGUUCUAAUGAGAGCCACCAGGGCCAUGGGAGAGUUGGCACCACACCUUGGUCGCCCUUUGUUGGGGGUCUUUCUACGGAGUACCAAAGACCCAGACCACAGUGUAAGGGUCAGCAGCCUGUCCAACCUGGGAGAGCUGUGUGAGAGACUAGACUACGCACUGGGACCAUUGGCUCAGGAGCUCAGCACCUGUCUGACGGUGCUGAUAAAGACUGAGAAAGAAGCAGAGGUGAGGAGGGCUGCGGUUCACGUGAUCACUCAGCUAUUGAAAGGCCUUAGCGACAAAACCACACAGGUUCUUGCUGAUGUGCUGUUGGACCUGUAUCGGGCCCUGAAGUGGGUGGUUCGCUCAGACCCAGACAAUGUUGCAGUGCUUCAUGCUCAAAUCGCCCUCGAGGAACUGGACGAUGCUAUGAGAAAAUUCAUCUUUCCUGAGCAGAAGCUGGAAAAGAAGAUUAUUGUCCUCCCAUAAACUUUGAACUUUUAUAAACCAUCAAAACUUCUAGAAAUGCAUGCAUGUCCAACAAUUUAUUUAUUGAAUUUACAAUGAUUUUUGUUGGAAAAAACCAAAACAUACAGACAUACAUUUAUUUACUAUAUUAAACUUACCAAUUUUUAAUAAAUAAUUUCUAUUCCAGACUAUGCAUCCUCGACAACUGCUACUACAUUUUUCAUUCACAAAGAGUCAUAAAGGCAUCAUAUUGGCCCUGUAAAACAAAGUAAAAAAAAAAGAAUAUUUACAGAAUCUU